AUGACCGACGGACGUCGCGUCAUCGCUCGACUCCCUACCCCCCUUGCUGGACCUCCACACUUGGUCACCGCAAGCGAAGUCGCCACGAUGCGCUUUCUCCGCGAGCGCCUGGGUCUAACACAAAUCCCUCGCGUCCUCUCCUGUUCGUCACGCGCGGAGGAGACGCCAGUCGGAGCAGAGCACAUCAUCAUGGACGUCGCAGACGGCGUGUCGCUCCUCUCCGUCUGGGACGAACUGACCAUGUCACAGAAGCUCAGAGUCGUCGACCAGUGGAUCAAAUUCGAGUCUGUAGCUACCAAAGCCAUUAGCGGCGGCUACGGCUCCUUGUACUACCGCAACGACCUUCCACCAGAGCUCGCACGCGACCUCACAGUGUGGGGCAAAGUCGACGAGGAAUUCGUACUCGGACCUAGCACCGUGCAGCUCGGCUUCUGGGAAGGCAAGCACGGAAACCCACGCGACCUCGAACUCGAACUUGACCGCGGGCCAUGGCCAGACGUUGCCUCCUACCUCAAAUCCAUCUCCAACUGCGAACGUGCUUGGAUCCGCAAAUUCGCCAAACCACCACCCUCUACAGGCCGCACCUACAGAGCCCCAUGGGAAGCCCCUCCCCAUCUCCAAAUACCCGAAGAGCACAUCCACCUCCUCAACCUCUACGACAAUAUCGUGGCCCACCUCAUCCCCACAGACAAGCGCUACCACCGCCCCUCUCUCACCCUCCGCGACUCGCAUCACACCAACAUCUUCCUCUCCAAAGACGCGCUCGACCGCGAUGGCUCAAUCCAAAUCUCCUCCAUAAUCGACUGGCAACACACCGCCGUCCUCCCUCUCUACCUCACAGCCUUCGCCCCCCAAUUCAUCCAACAACGCCUCUUCUUCCCCGGAAAACCCAAAGAGGAAGUCGAAAGGGAAAACGCGUACCUCCACAAGGCGUACUACAUGCUCUAUAACGACACCAAGCUCGAUACCGUCUGGGCCUCCCUCGUCAACCCCGAAUCUCCAGGACGACACAUGUCCGAGCAGUUGCCAGGAAUCGCGCAGUUUUGCUGGCACGGCGGGUUUGCGACUCUCAAGUUGGACCUCAUCACCGCGGCGAAUCACUGGGAGGAGCUUGUAGGACCCGGAGUACCCUUUCCUCAUCCAGAGCUCUGCAAGGAGGACGUUCAGAAGGCGGAGGAAGACGCAGUGCAGUGGGCCGAGGUCGAGAAAGCGAUCGAAAAGGUUCGGGAAUCUGUUGGCGUAUAUGAGGAUGGGUGGGUAUCAAAUGUGCCAGAGUACGAAGAAGCCAUCGAGGCCAACGAUGAGCAGCGCAAAGCUUGGGUGGACAGCUUGACUGAGGAGGAAAAGAAAGGACUGGGCGGUGUGGACCCUGCAGAUAUUUGGCUUCUUCGACCUUGA